UGGUCUAAUUGCACACUGUUCAUAAAAAAGUGGUAGUAGCAUUACACCACGACUAUCCCUGUGAAAUUUUCAGGAUUUACCUAAAAUCAAAUUGUCAGGAUCAAGCCAAUGAUUUAAUAGAUAUGGUAGUUUGAGUGUUGGCAUUCAUAAAAUUAAUUAGAACUAUUUAAUAUCAAUAACUAUAGUCAGGAGGUAUCAUUGGUUAUACUGCAGUUUGUCCGUAAGAUACACAUACCGGAUCUUCCUCUCACUCAUUUCGAUUAAUCUGAAUCCAUCAACAAGCCGUUAUUGCAAAGAGUGGAAUAUGAAUUUCUGGGAAAACGACACUAAUUCUUCUCCUCAAUCUCAACAAUCAUCGUACAGACUCGUCGACAGAUUUAUCCGUUUGAAAACUACAUAUUGGAACAGAGAAUAUACAAUAAUUUUGCUCGCGUAUAUAGGCUUAAUAAUUGUGCCGUGUCAAUUUAAUAUAUAUUAUGAGUAUUUCGACUCUUUGGUAAAUCAAAAUAAAGUUGACUCUGCCAAUUUUGAUUACAUACAAUACUACGAGUAUGGAUAUUUUAUCAGUUUGAUACCUGCCGGUGUCUUGGCUACCAUUUAUCCAGCUCACAAUAUUUUUGGGAUUUCCUUUGCCAUCUUGUCGAUCGGUUAUUUAAUCGCAGCCACGAGUGUAUGUUACGUAGAUGUUCACGUGCAUUUCUUCUUACAAUUUUUUAUGGGAAUGGGAAUGGCCACGGUGAUUAUAGCGUUUGACAGGGUUUGGACGUAUUGGGUGCCACUGGAUAAGCAGACAAUCCGCCACGUCCCAAUAGUCCUGCACGAGUUGUUACACGAAGGCGGAUAUAUUCACUACAGCAUAGCCGAACUAAACCAUAUAUAUUCAUCAUAUACUUUAACUCUAUCGAUAGGAAUGAUCGGAUUGGCGUGGUACGUUGUGUGGUUCUACGUGAUCAAUGGUAACCAAAUUCGGAACCCGAAAAUCGAUGUCAUUUUGUUUGGAGGUUCGAACAGCCGGCGAUAUUCUUUUGAAACGUCCGGCUUUUCGUUAAUCCGUUCAAUCGUGUCGGACAUACCGUGGAAAUCGUUGUAUACUUCAAAGCCCUUACUCGUGAUUGCUCUAUUAUACGUGUGUAAUGUUCAAAUAAUUAAUAGAAAAGCAAUUGGUGAUUUCUACACUACUGAAAUUAAUGAAUGGGAUAUGAGAACAUGCACUAUCAUAAUAUUGUUUCUCGUCGUCGUCCUGGCCGAGUUAUUUCCAGAGAUUAUUAUAUCCACUUCAACCACCAACAUCAGAAAGUUUUGGACUUGCUUAUAUUUCGGUUUAAUGAGCAUAUAUUUUUUUUUGGAAUCCAUUGUCGGCAACGCUUUAGAAAACAAUAAAGUUUUACAUUUUGUACUUAUAGAAAUAGAAUUUCUUUAUACUUUUGGAUUCUACUUAAACUAUUUGGACAUUGCGCCAGUCUAUGCUAGCUUACUUUUUAGUCUACUGUUGAGCAUGCAUUAUAUUUCAAAUUUAUUUUGGGAAUUAUUCCUAAGCACAAUAAACAAUUUUAAGAUACUAGACGAUGCCGGAAUUGAUAUGUUUAUGGCAGUAAUAUGUUUAGCGAUGGCAACGUGCUAUGGUAUUUUUGCUUCGGCGGAAGUUCAACCGUGGGCAGCUGACAGAUCAGUAGAAGAAAAUCAACAAGAUAUAAUUGAAAACGACGGUACACCAUCUGUGUAACAGACUAAUAAAAUACAUUUACUAUUGUAAACAAUACACAUUACACUUAAAUGCGUCAUUUAGGUAAUAUAGAUAUAGUACAAUAAAUUAUUUAUUAUUAGUAUUGUUAUUGUUAAUUUGUGCUGAUUAUAAUUUAUAUGUAGGUUAUAAAAAAAUUAUCGAAAAUAACCAAUAAGGUCGUAUUUGGAGGUUCAAUCAUCCCCCAUACUUUUUGUAGUUCAUAAAUUUAAUUUAUUAAACUCAAUUUACUAUGAUAAUUUUUCAUGUACAUAAUAAUAUAAAAUGACUAUUCGUUACUAUACAUUGUUAAAAAUUAAAUUUUAUGUUCUUAAUAUAUACUAUUAAAUAAUAAUAAUUUAUGCAUUUGAAUACGAAUUCUGAUGGCAUUUCUUAUCUAUAAUAUUUUGAGUAUACUAUAAAUAAUAAUACAUACAAUCAUGAUUAUAAAACUAAACUGUUAUUAUAGCAUUUGAAACAUAUUGCCAUCAAUCCCGAUUCCUAGUUAUGCAAGUAGUACUUUCUACCUAGGUAACUAUACUAAACUAUUUACUUUUAUUUUGUUUGUAUAAAACUGGAUUUCGUAUCUUAAAUAAUAAUAUACUUAAUAUGAAAUUGUGUAA